AAUUUAGUAACACGUCAGACUUUCAGAAACUCUGACGCAUUUGUGACGUUGUUUAUAACUUGCAAAUUCUUUUCAAAUUGGCUUGUUGCAUCGUUGCUUCGUAAGCCAACCGUGAGAUUAUAUUGAUCUAACAAAAGUGACGUUGCGAUUGUUAUCGAUUGAAUAUUUUGUAGUAGUAAACGUUCAUUGAAAAAUGUCUUUUGUGUCUCCUAUGCCCAGUCGGGAAUUUCUUUGGGAUGUUUUCCAACGAGUGGACAAAGACAGAUCCGGCGCGAUCACUGCAGAUGAAUUGCAACAGGCACUUUCAAAUGGUACAUGGACACCAUUCAAUCCAGAAACUGUUCGUUUAAUGAUUGGUAUGUUUGACAUUGACAAAAAUGAUCCUGCUUCUCCAGGUAUGUUCGAUAAAAAUCAAACAGGCACAGUCAGUUUCGAAGAGUUUGGAGCUCUAUGGAAGUAUGUAACAGAUUGGCAGAACUGUUUCCGGUCAUUUGACCGGGAUAACAGUGGAAAUAUCGAUCGUAAUGAAUUGAAAACAGCACUCAUAAACUUUGGUUACCGAUUAUCAGAUCACAUUAUAGAUACUCUUAUACGUAAAUAUGAUAGGGGUGGUCAUGGAACAAUAUACUUUGAUGAUUUCAUUCAAUGCUGUAUAGUCUUAUAUACCUUGACUGCUGCUUUCAGACAACUGGAUACAGAUUUAGAUGGCGUAAUUACAAUUCAUUACGAACAGUUCUUGGGCAUGGUAUUCAAUCUAAAAAUAUAAGGCACACUUCAGAUGGAGUUUCUUUUGCCUAAGCUAUAUUAUUUAUAGCACAGAAAUCACAGAAAUCUUCUGAUGCCAACACAAAGUUUACGAUUCGUUUCACUCGCAUAUUCGAUUAUAAAAAUUUAAUGGGUCGUUAUAAAGAAUUAAAAUAAUAUUUUCCGAACAUUAUGAUAUAUUUGAAGAACAUUCCUAAUAAUUGUAUACAUAUGUAACUUACGCUUGACAGUACAAUUAUGUAUGCCGGUUUAUUGUUAAUCACAGAUGAGAUUUAAUGUAUGUUGCCUAAUGGUUCAUUAUAAGGUCAAUGAUGCAACAAAUAUUAAAUGUUAUUGAAUCUAAGAUUACAGUUAUAUUCAACGACAAGUUUCAAUGUGGUGGCUAAACUAUGCUCUGUAAAAUACAUUCUUGCAUAUGCGACAUUCGGUAAUUUAGUUCUUUUACUGUGUAACGAAAACGUGUCAAUUAUAAAUAUGUCAAAAUUCCUAUUAAUCCUAUUUAAGAAUUAUUCAGUGAUCUAAUAGAUAUCUAUAUCACCAUACCAUAGAACUCUUAGUUAUUCUGAAUAGGCUGUAAGACCAACGAUACAUUUGCAGACCUCAAGUUCAGCGAUUGCGUUUUCUUGAAGUAUACAUAUAUACUAGAUUUAUUUAUACACUAAAUCUAUAUAUCUAUAUUUCUGUACGUUUUUAUUAUCCGUUUAUACUGCGUUUCCAUUGUAUUUUAUGUGUAUCUAAAAAUAUAUAUAAAUCAAGAUUCAA